UUCUUCUUGUCUUGUUAUGUGCAUGCAUCUUAGCUUGUUUUUUUUACUCUUUCUGGGUUCAAGUUUUUCUCAGCUUUGUUCUUCUGUCGAUAGUUUGUUGAAAUCAUUUUAUCUCAUUUCAAAAUCUUUUUGCCUUUUUUCUUUGGACACUUUAAUGGAGAGAUCUUACAACUGUCUUUGUCUAUCUGUUUUCUUGUAAUUUGGUAGUGGCAUAAUUUAUUUGAUGUUGAUAAGCAGUGAUCUGCAACAAUUGUUUGUGUACUGAGAAAGGAUGCCAAACCAGCUAUGGUUUGCACUGCUAAUGACUUAUCAGCGUGGAAGGAUUUUCCAAAGGGCCUCAGGGUUCUUCUUCUUGAUGAGGACAGUAGUUCUGCUGCUGAGAUAAAAUUGAAGCUUGAAGCAAUGGACUAUGUUGUUUCUGCAUUCUGCAAUGAGAACGAAGCUAUGUCAGCAAUUUCAAAUAAACCUGAAAGCUUCCAUAUUGCCAUUGUAGAGGUAAGUACAACCAAUAGCGAUGGGAGACUCAAGUUUCUUGAAGCUGCUAAGGACCUGCCUACCAUAAUGACUUCAAACAUUCAUUGCUUGAGCACUAUGAUGAAAUGCAUAGCGCUAGGUGCAGUUGAAUUCCUCCGAAAACCACUCUCUGAGGAUAAACUAAAGAAUAUAUGGCAGCAUGUGGUUCAUAAGGCAUUCAAUUCUGGGGGAGGUGUCCUCUGUGAUUCGCUGAAGCCUGUCAAAGAAUCAGUGGUCUCCAUGCUGCAUCUCCAACUGGAAAAUGGAGAACCCAAGAAUGAGAACUCAGUGAAUGCAAAAAAUAUUUCCUUGGAUUAUAAGAAUGACAAUGAACAGUCUGAAGGGAGUGAUAAGUAUCCUGCUCCUUCUACACCACAAUUAAAACAGGGUGGACGAUUACUGGACGAUGUUGAUUGCCAAGAUAAUGCCAACUGCUUGACAGAGAAAGAGAGUGGGGAGCAAGAUGGCGAAUCUAAAUUUGUCGACACUACUUGUGACAACUCAAUUGGUGAAGGAACAUCACCAGAAGACCAACCUCAGAGACCGGUAGAAACUGUGGUCAAAGAGGAGCAUGACACAACCGAUGUUUCAAAAGCUGAGUGCACCGCGUGUCCUCAACUUCAUGAUAAAGAAGGUCCCAAAGAUUCAAAUAGUGUUGUUGAAAAACGUAUUAAAGCUUCUGGUCUUCAUAACUCUUGCGGGAUUAAAACUAAUCGAAAAAAGAUGAAGGUGGACUGGACACCUGAACUGCACAAAAAAUUUGUGGCCGCUGUAGAGCACCUAGGUGUCGAUCAAGCCAUUCCUUCUCGAAUACUAGAGCUUAUGAAAGUGGAAGGGCUGACAAGGCAUAAUGUGGCAAGUCACCUCCAGAAAUAUCGAAUGCAUAAGAGGCACAUCUUGCCCAAGGAAGAAGACCAAAGAUGGCCAGAAUCAAGAGAUCACAGGCACAGGAGUUGUUAUCCACAUAGACCUAUUAUGGCAUUCCCUCCAUAUCAUUCUAAUCCUGUUCUCUCUGCCGGUCCAGUCUACCCUGUGUGGGGUGCACCAAGUAAUCACCCUGUCGGUGUCCAGAUGUGGGGCCCGCCUGGAUAUCCUCCAUGGCAACAGGCAGAAAGUUGGCAUUGGAAACCUUAUCCUGGGAUGCCUGCUGAUGCAUGGGGUUGUCCUGUGAUGCCACCUCCUCAUGCUUCUUAUUCUUCUUACCCUCAAAACACAUCUGGGUUUCAGAAUUCUGGUGUGGUUGAUAACAGCUACAAAAUGCCACAGAAUUCUGUGGAUUUCCAUCUGGCAGAGGAAAUCAUUGACAAGGUUGUGAAAGAGGCCAUAAGCAAGCCAUGGUUACCGCUACCAUUGGGACUAAAGCCUCCAUCGGCAGAUAGUGUGUUAGCAGAGCUGUCUAGACAAGGCAUCUCCACAAUCCCUCCUCACAUCAACGGCUCUCGUUUGUGCUGAUGGUUGCAUCACACCAUCACUUUCCACCAUUAUUCAAAGAAGAUAGUGAGGAGGUAGACCACCCACCCAACCCCCCAACUUUUAAAAUUUGUUGGUCUUUGUGGUCACUUGAUACUACCAAUUGGUAAAUAUCACGUCACAACUCACACCAAGACACAACCAAAAGUACUUUUUCUGGUUCUGGUCUGAUCUCCAUCUGGGCAGAGCUAAAAAGGGUUCACUUUCCAACCCAAAAACAAAGGAACCAAAAAACAAUGAUAUGUGGGUGUAAAUAGAUGCUAACAGCUGUAUGGCGUCGGGGCUUUGAGGAUGUAAAUUGUUUUUGGUGAUAAGAGUAUUUGUAUUAUUGGUAUGGGAAUAAGCAGGUAGAAGUGGUACGUUAUGUUGUUGGGGGGGUGGACCUUUCCUUGCCGUCUAAUAAUCGAAAAUUUAUGGUGGGGUUUUGGAUAUAUUUAUGGUGGGACAUGAUUAUGAACAUUUUGAAUAAAGUUGACAAGGAACCUCAAUGAA